GUUCACCCGAGUGCGUGUGGUGUUAUUUUUGGCCAAUGGGCACGACCGGGGGGCACACAGGAUUCUCAUCAGGGCGCCAAACCGGAAGGCCAUGAUGUGCACAGAGAUUUUCCGAUUGUAGUAGGACCGCUCACACCCCGGACUCCCCCUAUAAAGAUCCUGGACUUUCGUCGACACAGGGACUCAUUCUUCUACCCACUCUCCUAACUACACAUCUUCCUUCAGUCCUCAUAAACUCAGUCAUGAAGAUCUUAGCUAUCCUGUACAAGGGCGGUAAUGCUGCUACGAGCGAGCCCCGUCUCCUUGGUACUGUGGAGAACCAGCUUGGUAUCCGCAAGUGGCUCGAGUCUCAAGGCCACGAGUACAUCGUUUCGGACUCAAAAGAGGGCGCUGACAGCGACUUCCAGAAGCACAUCGCUGAUGCUGAGAUCUUGAUCACGACUCCAUUCCACCCUGGGUACCUCACUGCUGACUUGGUCGCGAAGGCCAAGAAGCUUAAGCUCUGUGUCACCGCUGGUGUUGGCUCUGACCACAUUGACCUCAACGCCGCUGUCAAAAAUGGUAUUCAGGUCCUAGAGGUCUCAGGAUCCAAUGUCGUCUCCGUCGCCGAGCAUGUCGUGAUGUCUAUCCUCCUUCUCGUCAGGAACUUUGUUCCAGCACACGAGAUGAUCGAGCGCGGAGACUGGAUGGUCUCUGACAUUGCUCGAAAUGCCUUCGAUCUUGAGGGCAAAGUCGUUGGCACCAUUGGUGCUGGUCGUAUCGGCUACCGUGUCCUCCAGCGUCUGAUGCCCUUCGACUGCAAGGAGCUCCUCUACUUCGACUACGCUCCCUUGCCUGAAGCUGCUGCUAAGGCCGUCAACGCUCGUCGCGUCGAGGACCUCAAGGACUUUGUCUCGCAGUGCGACGUCAUCACCGUCAACUGCCCUCUGCACGAGGGUACACUCGGCCUCGUCAACGCUGAUCUUCUCAAACACUUCAAGAAAGGUGCAUGGCUCGUCAACACCGCUCGCGGUGCCAUCUGCGACAAGGACGCCGUAGCUGCUGCCCUUGCAAGUGGUCACCUGAACGGUUAUGCUGGUGAUGUUUGGAACGUCCAGCCCGCACCCAAAGACCACGUCUUGCGCACGGCUAAGAACACCCUUGGCGGCGGUAACGGCAUGGUACCCCAUUACUCUGGCACCACCCUCGAUGCUCAGGCUCGUUAUGCAAGUGGCACCAAGAGCAUCAUUGAGAACUACCUCUCUGGCAAGGCCCAGGAGCCUCAAAACAUCAUCGUCGGUAUUGGCAAGUUCGAGACCAAGGCUUACGGUCAGCGUUGAACGUUGAGCUGCGGAUGUGCCUGC